CUGAAGCUUUUGGCUCUUCCUUCAGCAGGAAGGUCAGAGGUGGACAGAACAGAUGGGGUUGAGAGAGCAGGGAAUUGUGUCUCUGAACAGGGAGAGACAGCAAAUACUCGAGAGAAAUCCUGAUCACAUUUUUUGGGAGCAUAGUGCCAUUCUUGGACGGAAACCUGCUUUUGAUGAGCUGAUAUGAAGUGCUGUUAAUCCUCUGACACCGUGCCCUGGAUCUCCAUGGUAUGUCUGAAGGACACAUCUCUGCAUGUUCUGAAUAUGCCAGGAAGCCCAAGAAUAACUUUCCACAGGAGUUUGUGACCUCUUAAAGGGGAAGAAGUCAAGAGAGGGCAACUUUUGUUCUAUAUUUAGCCCUAGGUUGUCCUCAUGAAUACUCCCGUGGAGAAUGUCCAUGAUCUUCUUUGCCUGUGUGGUGAGGGUGAGGGAUGGGCUUCCCCUCUCAGCCUCCACAGAUUUCCAUCUCAACCAGGACUUUCUGGAGUGCAGGAAGAAGUUGAAGGUGUUAUCCUCGAUCCUGGCACGUUAUCCCAGCCGGGGCACGGCCAAAGGACGUAACCUGAGCAUUCAUUUCCUUUCUUCUGGGGAUAUUGCCUGCAUGGCAAUCUGUUCCAACAGCUACUCAACCAUCAUGGCCUUCUGCUUCCUGGAAGAGCUUCGGUGGGAAUUUGCUGCUUCCUACAACACCAGGAGCAUCAAUUCAGCUUCCAGACCAUAUGCUUUUAUUGAAUUUGAUAACAUCAUUCAGAAGGUGAAACAGCAUUUCAACAGCAGCCGUGGCUCCCGGGCCAAGGGCAGCUGGGAGAGGGUGGAGGAGGAGCUGCAGCUGCAGCCCCCAGUGCAGCUGCAGCUGGAGAACACAGAGCUGCUCAACGGGCUCAGCAAUGGAGGGCACGCAGGAGGCCGUGUGGAGGUUGCCCCUACUUACAGAAUGCAGCCUGUGACCCCCCUGGGGAUUCUGUCCCUUGUUCUGAACAUCAUGUGUGGAGCUCUGAACCUCAUCCGAGGAGUUCACCUGGCAGAAUAUUCCUUCCAGGAGGACCAUGAAGGAAUUGGAAAUGUGAUAGCUUUUCUUCUACCUUUUCUAGCCUGUGUUUUUCAGUGUUACCUGUACCUCUUCUACAGCUCAGCCAGGAAGGUGAAGACAUUUGUGCUCCUUUUCUGUGUCUGUUCAUGCAACAUCUACUUGUAUGGACUAAGGAACCUCUGGCAAAUCUCCUUCCACAUAGGAGUGGCUUUUCUUUCCUCUUACCAGAUCCUGACAAGGCAGCUCCUGGAGAAGCAGCCUGACUGUGGUGUAUGAAAAAAAACUUGGGGUUUGCUACUCUGUUUUUACAACUCCUUUUUGUAUUCACCUGGCCAAAAAAUAGCUCGGAGUGUUUUUUAACCAUCCAUGGCAAUGGUUUAUUGCAAGGACAACAGUUCCAAGCAACUUGGGAUAAGCAGGAUCCUGUUAAUUAUGUCCAACACACAGCAAAGGGUGCAGCAGUAUUUCUACCAUGGUGCAUGGUAGAGCUUGUUUUUAUGGAAGUUUUUACCAUCAGCAGGAUUUCCUCCUUGGCUGCCACCAUCCAGACAGCAUUUUGCCAUUUGUUUCACUGGCUCUGUGGCAGUGUGUGUGGCAGGUCAGUCUUGCCUUGCUGCUGCAAAUACUCAAAUUGUGCAGUAAAACAAAGGUGAAGUGGUGGGUGACAUAUUUGUCCCUAGAAUUUGUUAAGAUUCUUGGUAAAUCCGAGUAAAGGGGUUUGCUGUAAUAAGGUGAUUGCAGUAUCAGUGGGAAAAAUAGUGAGGGUGAGCUUCAGGGUCAUUUUUGUAGGUUUGGAAGGACAGGAAAAGGCUGUCUAUAAACCAUAAAGUCUAUAAAUAUCUCCUUGGCUGAACAGCACAUUGCAGUUAAGUGUGUGCUCAUGGGUUAAUUGCAAAUAUUCUUGGGGCAGCAGAAAAUAAUCCAAGUGGGUGUGAGUGACCUGUCAGCACUUGUGGCCUUUGUUUCCAUGGCUAAGGUCACUUUUAGGAUAAGGGCAAUUCCAUGUUUCCUUAGUCUGUAUGGAUAAUAAAUCUUCCAAGCCUAUUUAUGACAGGCCACUAACCCCUUCACCUUUUAUUUUAUUUUUUUUUAAUUAGUGGCUGGUGAGUAGAAAGCCAUUUCCAGGAAUGGCAAGCAAGAGCAGGUUCUCUUUGUUCUGUAAAACACCUGUGGUUACUGGUGGGGAGUUCUACACUGAGAUGAGUUUCUGAGUGUGCACUUUGGAGUAGGGGACUGCAGGGCUGCAAUUCCCAACCUCUGCUGCACUGGGAGUUCUGCUCUGCCAUGGAUCAAGGUGCACAGGGGCAUUUUAGGGCAGAGAUGAAUAAUUUGGGCUGUUAAAAAAUUGCAUAGCAGUUUGAUGCAGCUGUCCUUGAGGGGUUGUAGAGAUUCAAACUGAGAUGUAGAGAACUGUAGGUGUGUUAUUGUGGAAUUACAGUCCAAAAAUUUCCUUUUUUUUUUUUUCCUUCUGGUCAUCCCCAAGUCUUUCACCAAAGAUUUAUUUUUCCUCUCACAUAGUCUCUACCUCUGGUUGCAAAGAGAUUAACAUGCAGCAGAGUUGUCUUUUUUGCAGGAACACUUGACAAAAUUCCUUUCUUUUUAUCUCAGUGAGUUUUCCUGGAAUCUCAGGAUGCAAACACAAGGAUCAGACCAGAAAUUUGUGUUGCUGUACCUUGGAAGCACUUCUGGAUGCAGCUGACUGCAGCAACAGCAUCCAUGGGCAGCUCAUUACAACCUGGACAGUUUCUAGGACAUCAGGAGAUUUAGUGCCAGAGCUUUUCCCAGAAGGAAAAUAUAGGAAUUUCUUUUUCACUGCACUUACUGUAACAGCAGUGUGAUAAAAACCUCCAAACGGUGAGGAAUAGUCUGGUAGGAAUGAUGGAGGAAUAUUUUAGCCAGGCAUUUAAGGACACAGCUCGAGCUGUGUGCCAUAAGGGAAAGGUUUUCUGUUAUAAGGGAGGGGAUUAAAGUUGUUUGUCUGUCAUUACCCCAGUUUUCUGUCAGAGUGCAAGUGGAGAAUUGAAGCCACAAUUCAACCACGGUCCUUGAGACACCAGGAUGACCCCACAGAUGUGAGGGGGUUUGAACUGUUAAUUUUCCUGGUAUUCAGUCCCAGUUUUGCUUGGUAAAAUACUUCUGGAGACUGCAGGGAACUCAGCCAUGAGUUUGGAUUACAAGUUAAAAAAAGAAAUUAAAAAAAGAACAUUCCAAAAUUCUGACUGUUUAAGGAUAAUGGAUCUGAUGGCUGAUGGUGUUUUCCAGGAAUAUAAAUUGGAUAGCAACCCACUGGAUUCCUGCAGGGAAAGGAUGAAGCAUUUUCUACUACAGACAGACAAAACUUCAUGAAAAGGACUUUAGGACAGGAGCCAACUCCCUGCUCCUGCCCUUUUAUCCUCACUCUGGCUAAGGAGUCCAAAAGAGCUUUCUGGCUAAAGCCAGCCCUGCUCUGGCCUGAGCACACAGAGCAUUUUCAGCUGGGCAUUCCUCAGCCUUGUAGGGAGCUGAUGGGAGAAUUUAUAACAUUCCUGAUGCUCCCAACUGCUCUGUCCUGAAACAUCCAUCCCUGAGCCAGGGGAUGGCAGCCACAGCUCUGCAAAGGAGUGAUGGAACAGGGUGUUUAAUUGUGCAAUUAACAGAGUGGAGAAGGGUUAAAUUCAGCUUUUAUUGAAUUGGUUUUCCUAAAAGCAUUUCAGUAAAAUCAAACCAAAUCAGUUGGUUCAGUUCUGCCUUUGCCUAAACUUCUAUUUUUUUGCUUUGUGGGUUUUUGGGGAACGUGACUGAAUUUUUAGAUCUUUUCUACCCAAUGACAAAGCUCUAUUUUGGUGUUGGUCUUAAUCCCUUUGCAAUUUUUUAUUUUCCUGUAAUAUGUGUAAACCACAUUAAGGAAUCGACAUGGAUUAGUCUGUGUGCACUUUGUAGGUUUGGGUUGGGAUUCCAGGAUGAGGCAGAGCACAUGGAAUUUACCUAUUUUUAUUUUUAAUUUGGUAUUUAUACAGUUAAACAUUUUCUCCUGGCAGAACAGCAAGAGGAAUAGAAUAGUUUACAUUGAUCUCAGUGCUUUAAGAUUUAAUAAACAAGAAUGACUUGCAGUUUGAGAACACAAAAUCUGGCUCAUAAUGUGGGAUUUUUCCUGUAUUGAAUCAAAUCCCAAAGAGGAAUCCAUCCCUUGUUGUUCAACUUUAAACUGGUUAAUGUGGUUUGAAUUGCAUCUUCUUCAUUCUGUCACUUUGCAAGAUAAGUCUUGGAAACUUUUUCUCACCCAGCAGCUCAGCACAAGCAAACUGGCAAAGAAUAAACUUCACUAAUUUCCAGAUUUGUAGUGCUUAGUCACUUUAUGAAGCUGGUAAUUCUUUUUAAAUUCUGGCUUUCUUUUGUUUUUUUGUUUUUUUUUUCCAAAGACCUGUUGAGUUUGUAGAAGGUGGGCUGGUACCUUUUAAACAUUUUUGCACUGUAUUAAUAAUUGAACCUGUGUAAAUGUGUAUAAAAUCAUUUUGCAUGUAUAUGUAUAUAUGUA